UUAUCACCAAUCGCCAUACUAAGUACUACUUUUUCUUCUUCGUCUUUUAUGUAAAGUUGUAAUGAUUUUCUUAUAUAUAUGAGUAUAUGCAUUGAUAUGUUCUUGAUGAUCUGAUUUUUAUUCAACUGGUGGAGAAGUUACAGUGCUACAAAAAGUGGGAAACUGAAGGUUCAUUUUGGGCAUUUGAUCAGAAGAAAUGGGUUGUUUAAGUAGAAUAGUCAAAAGGAGGAAAUCUAAGCAAGUUAAUGAACAUUUGGUCACCGAAGAAUUAAAUGGGAGUCACAGAGAGUUGAGCAGUUCUUUAAAUGGAGGCUCAAAAAAUGAAAGUACGACUCUAUCCAAUCAACAGAUGACAGCUGCCACUAAGAUUCAAGCCGCAUUUCGUUCAUUUUUGGCAAAAAAAGUAUUGCACAAUCUCAGGAAGAGCAAGGUAAAAGAAACUCAAGAGAGUCUGGAACAAGAUCAGACAACUGACGAUGAAGCUACAUUUACAAUGACAAGUGGUGUCAAGGGUACAGGUCAAGCUCGUGAAUUUGUGAGAGUUCAUACAGUUAAAGAUCAGACAAUAUCUGCAUUGAGUCACAUACAUUCAUGGAGUAGAAUACAAGACCAAAUUAAAGCUCGCAGGCUUAGUAUGGUGAAAGAAGCUCGAAUCAAGCAAAAGAAAUUGGAGAAUCAGAUGAAACUUGAAGCAAAGAUUCAUGAACUUGAGGUGGAAUGGUGUGGUGGGUUAGAAACCAUGGAGGAAAUCUUAAGCAGAAUACAUCAGAGAGAAGAGGCUGCUAUCAAGAGGGAAAGAGCCAUGGCAUAUGCAUUUCUUCAUCAGUGGAGAGCCAACUCAAGCCAGUAUCUUGGACAAGCUUCUUUCAGUCUAGGGAAAGAGGAUUGGGGAUGGAGUUGGGUUGAGCGUUGGGUGGCUGCUAGACCAUGGGAGAUUCGAGUGGUUUCUUAUCCUAUAAACUCAAAGAAAACUCAAUGGAACAAGCAUGAUCAGAUCAAGCUCAACCAGUCUGAGAAGAACAUUUCAAGUUCUGAGAAUUCCAUCUCACAAAAUGGCAAUUGCAAAAAUCGAAAAACUUGCUCAACACACCCGCACCAAGCUUAGGUUCGCCACCACAAAACUGGCUCUCCUUUUUUGGUUCUUGAAUAAUUUUAUUUAUUAGAUUUUGCUUUCUGUGUUUAUAUAUAUUUUGUUUGUUUUGUUUUCCUUGGCUUGGAUUUGGGUGAAUAUGUGAUGAUAAAAGAGUGUAAAAACAAAACUAUUAUUGGAUGCUUCUGAAGAGUGUUUUUGUAUUUGUUUGUUUUUGUGUUUGGUAUGUCUGAGAAGAAGAAAGAAAUGAAAAUAAAGGGGACAAACUCAUGGACACAGAAGUCCCACUGUUUUUAAUGCACCCAAGAAUUUUAAAUCAAAGAAAUCAAA